AUGUUUCAAUUAUUCUGCACCCCAUCGUUGGUGGUGCCCCGCCAUGAUGAAGGCCACGACUCCCGACACGACAAACAACAGUUCUUCCUCGUGUCAAGUGUCGUGGUCUUCACUGUGGCGGGUGUAGUGGUGAUCUUCGCCGCAUCAUCCGCCGUGGCGGUGUCGGCGGUUGUGGUGGUGUCGCGUGUGGUGGUCUCGAUCUUAUCUAUCUUACUCUGCGAUGGCCCGGGCCGUCGCUCGAGAGUAUGCGCGGAGGGAGCACAACGAUUGGUUGAUUUCUCGGCACUCUUGCUGCUCAUCGUCCGUCUACUGGAUGUCACUGUCCGUGACGCGGCCGGCGUGCUUGGACCCGGCCAAGUCGACAAACCCGACGGCAAGACGCGGUCGCUCACGUGCUCCAUCUGGAGGAGGGCGUGCGACCGGCUGCUCGCACGGUGGACGUUCGAGUUGCCCGUCGCCCGACUCACUGUCAACGACUUCACAGUCAAUCAUGUUUAA